AUGUCUUCACUGUACGAUCCUCUUGGACUAGUAUCACCUGUGCUCCUGCCAGCCAAGAAGAUAUUACAGGACUUGUGUAAAGACAAAUCACUUGACUGGGACGACAUUGUCAGUGAAGAGAAUCAGCAACUCUGGAAACAGUGGCUUGCAAACCUUCAAUCUCUCAGGUCGUUGAAAAUUGAUCGUUGCAUGAAGCCUGAUUAUUUCGGCAACAUUGUCUCAAAGCAGCUCUGUGUAUUUUCCGAUGCCAGCACAAACGGAUAUGGAUGUUCAGCCUACAUUAGGCUUUCUGACAACUGCAACAACAUCCAUACAGUACUUCUCAUGGGCAAGUCACGUUUAGCACCUAUGAAAACCCAGAGUAUUCCCCGACUCGAAUUGACGGCGGCUACAGUGGCGGUUAAGAUCGGACGACAACUGCUAUGUGAACUGGACAUUGACGAUGAGAAUAUCACCUACUUCACAGACUCAACCACAGUCCUUCACUACAUCAAGAGUGAGCACAGAAGAUUUCCUGUCUUCGUAGCAAACAGGGUUAGACUGAUACGAGACUUUUCUACUCCUCAGCAAUGGUUCUACGUGGAUUCAAACAGCAAUCCAGCAGAUAUCGCUUCAAGAGGAAGCAGUUGUGAAGGCCUAGUGAAGUCAGCAACAUGGUUUGAAGGUCCACGAUUCAUGAGACUACCUUAUUCAGAAUGGCCAUCCCAGCCUGCUGACACUUUGUAUGACAAAGACCACACUGAGGCCGAGGAGUGUGUCGCUAUUGUGAGUGUAAAACAGUCUCAAAGUUCAAGUUGUGGUGGUUUGAUGAAGCUGAUAAACUACUACUCCUCUUGGUAUCGCCUGAAACGAGCUGUUGCAGUCUACCAACGAUUAGCCAAAAUCUUGUAUCAGAGAAAUAUGAAACGUGAUAUCAAAUCCCUACUAACUGAUCAGAAGUUCACUGUUACAGAACUGGAAGAUACUGAAACAUCUAUUGUGAGAUUCAUACAAUCAGAACAUUACAGGUCAGAGAUAAACGACUCCAGGAAAUCUGGGUGGAAAAAUGAGUAUCUCCUUACCUUACAAAAACGUCAAAAGUGGAAUGCUCCGAAACGUAACUUUGAAGUAGGAGACAUUGUACUGCUGAAAGAUGAGUCUUUACCCCGAACCUACUGGUCUAUGGGACGCAUCGUAGAAACGGAGCCUGAUCAGCAAGGUUAUGUCCGAACUGUAACUGUGAAGACGCAGGGGUCUACGUUACGCAGGCCUAUCCACAAGCUUGUGUUGUUGCUUGCAGGCAACCAGUGA